GAAGUGACGCACGCUUUCCCGCUUUGCUCUCCUUCCCCGUACAGUCGCCAGGCUCGCGGCGCCCGGUGACUGGCUGGCACGGCGAGUUGCGGAAGAAGAUGGCGGAUGGAGUGGAUCACAUAGACAUUUAUGCGGACGUGGGAGAGGAGUUUAACCAGGAAGCAGAGUAUGGGGCACAUGAGCAGAUUGAGCUGUACGAGGAUGUCCUCUCCCCUUCUGCAAACAAUGGAGAUGCUCCGGAAGAUCGGGACUAUAUGGAUAAUCUUGCUACAUCGGUGUCGGAUGAUGUAGUGAAAGGGUCUUCUUCCAAUGUUGUAUUUACUUAUCCAGGGAAGAGAAUUGCUUUGUAUAUUGGAAAUCUUACAUGGUGGACGACAGAUGAUGACUUGACAGAUGCUGUUCACUCCUUGGGUGUUAAUGAUAUUUUGGAAAUCAAGUUUUAUGAAAAUCGUGCAAAUGGCCAGUCAAAAGGGUUUGCACUGAUAUGUGUUGGGUCUGAGUCCUCAUCAAAGAAACUCAUGGAUUUGUUGCCCAAGAGGGAACUUCAUGGACAGAAUCCUGCUGUAACACCCGGCAGCAAGCAAUUCCUUAGUCAGUUUGAAAUGCAGUCAAGAAAAACAGCUACACAGGCUGGCCAAAUGUCUGGAGAAGGAAAGGCUGGCCCCCCUGGUAUAAAUGCCCGCCUUCCUUUUCCGCCCGGUGGCAGAGGUAGGGGUCGGUUCCCAACCUCAGGUCCUGGUGGUGACAGAUUUCCUGGACCUACUGGACCCGGAGGGCCUCCUCCACCUUUUGCGGGUCUGACUCCUCCAAGGCCACCUAUGUGCCCACCUGGUCCUCCGGGGCCACCUGGUCCCCCUCCACCUGGACAGCCACUUCCUCCCCCAUUGACUGGACCUCCAAAUAGGGGUGACCGCCCUCCUCCCCCAGUACUAUUUCCUGGACAGCCUUAUGGUCAACCACCCCUAGUUCCUCUCCCUCCAGGUCCACCACCCCCUGUCUAUGGUCCUCCACCUGGUCCACCACCACCUCAGCAAGGUCCACCUCCUCCACCUGGUCCAUUUCCCCCACGGCCUCCAGGUCCCCCAAUGGCACUUGGACCACCACCUCAUUUACCAGGCCCGCCUCCAGGUGGACCUCCUCCAGCUCCACAUGUGAAUCCAAACUUCUUCCCACCUCCAGGCAAUGCUGGUAUGCCUGCAUCUGAUAGCAGAGGACCACCAUCAUCAGACCCGUAUGGUCGACCUCCUCCAUAUGACAGAGUAGAUUAUGGGCCACCAGGAAGAGACAUGGAUUCUGUCAGAACUCCUUUAAGUGAAGCAGAAUUUGAAGAAAUAAUGAAUCGAAACAGGGCGAUUUCAAGCAGUGCGAUUUCAAGAGCAGUCUCUGAUGCCAGUGCUGGUGAUUAUGGAAGCGCAAUAGAAACUUUGGUAACAGCUAUCUCUUUAAUUAAACAAUCCAAAGUUUCAGCCGAUGAUCGUUGCAAAGUGCUGAUAAGUUCUCUACAAGAUUGUCUUCAUGGAAUUGAAUCGAAAUCUUAUGGUUCAGGGUCUAGAAGACGUGAGCGUUCAAGAGAAAGGGACCAUAGUAGGUCCCGAGAAAAAAGCAGGCGUCACAAAUCUCGCAGCAGAGAUCGUCAUGAUGACUAUUACCGGGAAAGAAGCCGUGAACGAGAGAGGCAUCGCGAUCGGGAGCGGGAUCGUGACAGAGACAGAGAAAGAGAAUAUCGUCAUCGCUAAGCCAGCUGAAAGAAGAGGAGCUUCUUGAAUGAUCAACACCUACUCUGCACAGAAGACACUUGGCCUUCAGCUUGCUUCAUGACUCAGUUUCUGAGAACUUGUGGAUAAAAAUGAACAGAUCUAGAUGUGAAUAAAGCAAAUCUGCAAACAUGGUAA